CCCGCCGCCAGCCCGGCGACAGUCGGACAGAGCUCUCGGCAGGAGAGAGCGGGACUGCGCGGAGCGGGAUCCUGGCGCGAGCUCAUCCCACCUCCUGCGCUUCCAGAGCAGCUGCCCAGCCGGAUCGGGAGCUCAGGGAGGAAACUACUGGGCUAUGGAAUACAGAUGUGUGAAUUCAGAUAGCUAAACGGGGCUUGGAGAAGGAAUCUAACAUGCUUUCCUAUAAAGCAACAUUUUAAAAGCCAGGUUCCUAACUAUAAAGAUGCAAAAACGUAAUAUCCAUGAAGAUCCUAUCACCUAGGAAGAAUUUGACAUUUUGCUGCGAAUGCUGUGUUGGGAUUGAUUUAUUCUUGGAGUGUUCUGCACGGCUGGCAAAGAAUAAUGUCUCAAAAUCGGCCCAUCUCCCAAGGGGUCCAAUUUUUCUUCCUGGGUGUCUGCGAGCCCUGACUCACUCCAGUGCAGCUGACAGGGGCUGCCAUGCUUGUGGCACACUAAGCAAAGAACAAAAGACCUAAGGACGACCUUUGAACAACACAAAGGAUGGGUUUCAAUGUAAUUAGGCUACUGAGCGGAUCAGCUGUAGCUCUGGUAAUAGCCCCUACUGUAUUACUGACAAUGCUUUCUUCUGCUGAACGAGGAUGCCCUAAGGGCUGUAGGUGUGAAGGCAAAAUGGUUUAUUGUGAAUCUCAGAAAUUGCAGGAGAUUCCCUCAAGUAUAUCUGCUGGUUGUUUAGGUUUGUCCCUUCGAUAUAACAGCCUCCAAAAACUAAAAUACAAUCAAUUUAAAGGUCUUAAUCAACUCACCUGGCUCUAUUUAGACCAUAACCACAUCAGCAAUAUUGAUGAAAAUGCUUUCAGUGGAAUACGCAGACUAAAAGAGUUGAUCUUGAGUUCCAACAGAAUCUCCUAUUUUCUUAAUAAUACCUUCAGACCUGUGACAAAUCUCCGGAAUUUGGAUCUGUCAUACAAUCAGCUGCAGUCUCUGGGAUCUGAACAGUUCAGGGGCUUAAGGAAGCUGCUGAGUUUACAUUUGCGGUCCAAUUCCCUAAGAACCAUCCCUGUUCGAAUAUUUCAAGACUGUAGGAACCUCGAACUGUUGGACCUGGGUUAUAAUCGCAUCCGAAGUUUAGCAAGGAACGUCUUUGCAGGUAUGAUCAGACUGAAAGAGCUUCACCUGGAGCACAAUCAGUUUUCUAAGCUCAACUUGGCACUUUUUCCAAGGCUAAUCAGCCUUCAGAAUCUUUAUUUACAGUGGAAUAAAAUCAGUGUGAUAGGACAAACUAUGUCCUGGACCUGGAGCUCAUUACAAAGACUUGAUUUAUCUGGCAAUGAAAUAGAAGCUUUCAGUGGACCUAGUGUUUUUCAGUGUGUGCCCAAUUUACAGCGCCUCAACCUGGAUUCAAACAAGCUCACAUUUAUUGGUCAAGAAAUUUUGGAUUCUUGGAUAUCCCUGAAUGACAUCAGCCUUGCCGGGAAUAUAUGGGAAUGCAGCAGAAACAUUUGCUCCCUAGUAAACUGGCUUAAAAGUUUUAGAGGGCUGAGGGAAAACACUAUUAUUUGUGCCAGCCCCAAAGAGCUGCAAGGGGUGAAUGUUAUUGAUGCAGUGAAAAACUACAGCAUCUGUGGCAAAAGCACCACAGAAAGGUUUGAACUAGCCCGAGUUCUCCCAAAGCCAACGUUUAAACCAAAACUCACCAGGCCUAAACACGACAGCAAGCCCCCUCUGUCCCCGACUAUUGGAGCCACUGAAUCGAGCUCCGAGCCUGAGCAUGACCCAGAACACAUCUCCUUCCAUAAAAUCAUAGCAGGCAGUGUGGCUCUUUUCCUGUCUGUGCUUGUGAUCCUGCUGGUGAUCUAUGUGUCAUGGAAGCGGUACCCUGCCAGUAUGAAGCAGCUGCAGCAGCGCUCGCUCAUGCGAAGGCAUAGGAAAAAGAAAAGACAGUCGCUGAAGCAAAUGACUCCAAGCACACAGGAAUUUUAUGUAGAUUACAAACCUACCAACACUGAAACCAGUGAGAUGCUGCUGAACGGAACAGGACCCUGCACGUAUAACAAAUCAGGCUCCAGGGAAUGCGAGAUACCAUUGUCUAUGAAUGUGUCAACAUUUCUUGCCUAUGAUCAGCCCACGCUCAGUUACUGUGGAGUACAUCAUGAACUGCUGGCUCACAAGCCCUAUGACUCAAAUAACCAGGAAGAAACAGUGGAAACACACCUAGAGACUGAUCUGGAUCUGAGCACAAUAACAACAGCAGCACGAAUCAAGGAACACAGUCAGCAGCUGGCUUAAAUGGGGGUUAGAGCUUGAGGGUUUUUUUGUUGUCGGGGUUUUUGUCCUGUAGCAGAGGCUGCAACCAAAUUCUAUGUAACAUUAUGGACAGAAGUGAGAAGACAUAAUACUAUGGAUUCUAAUAUUCCUGUUCAAAUUAAAAACGAAUCACAAAGA